UUUCACGGUAGGGGGGGGAAGUAAUUUGACGACUUACGCUCAUUUACUCACCCUCUUAUUUUGAAAAUAGCGAAGAAAUAGGUCACUAAAAUAAUCGUUUUGGAAAGUUUCUCCGAGGAAAGCGAGGCAUUUUGAUCUUUUAACUUCCGUAACAAAGUCUUUCAAACCACGAGCUUUUAACCUAUUUCUUGAUUGAUUUUGUCUUGUUCCGUCUCAGCCAAUAGCCGAGCUAUUCCCCGCCCCCGCCAUGGGGGUGAUCCUGAAGGUCACGCUUUCCCAGAACGCUACGCGAAAAAAAUCUAAAGAUGGCGGCGGUAGCGUCGGGUCGCUGUGUUGGUGUCCGCUGCAGGCUUUGCCUGACGCUGACGGGCCAGUGGACGGGUCUGUGUGGAAAGGCCCCCAGCAGAUUUUAUUCUGGAAGUGCAACCCUCCCAAAGAUUGAAGGAGCUAAUGUAACAGGGAUCGAAGAAGUGGUCAUUCCAAAAAAGAAAACUUGGGAUAAAGUGGCUGUUCUUCAAGCACUUGCAUCCACAGUGAAUAGGGAUUCCACAGCUGCCCCUUAUGCAUUUCAGGAUGAUCCUUAUCUCAUACCAACGUCCUCCGUGGAAUCUCGUUCAUUUUUAUUGGCAAAGAAAUCUGGAGAGAAUGCAGCAAAGUUUAUUAUUAAUUCACAUCCCAAAUAUUUUCAGAAGGACACAGCUGAACCUCAUAUACCGUGUUUAAUGCCUGAGUACUUUGAACCUCAGAUUGAAGGUAUAAGUGAAGCUGCCUUAAAGGAAAGAAUCAAGCUCAGAAAAGUCAGAGCUUCGGUGGACAUGUUCGAUCAGCUAUUGCAAGCAGGAACUACUGUAUCUCUGGAAACAAGUAAUAGUCUCUUGGAUUUGUUGUGUUAUUAUGGUGACCAAGAGCCUUCAGCUGAUAAUCAUUUUCAGCAAAGUGAAAAAUCAGAAGAAUUGGAAGAGGCCAUAGAGGAAAAUAAUGAAAAAUCUAAGAAGGCUGGCCAUCAAUUUGGAGUUACAUGGAGGGCAAAAAACAAUGCUGAGAGAAUCUUUGCUCUAAUGCCAGAGAAAAACUCACAUUCCUACUGCACAAUGAUCCGAGGAAUGGUGAAGCACCGAGCUCUUGUGCAGGCAUUAAACUUGUACACUGAAUUACUAAACAACAGACUCCAUGCUGAUGUGUACACCUUCAAUGCAUUGAUUGAGGCAACAGCAUUGAGCAUGAAUGAGAAAUUGGAGGACAAAUGGAAUAAGAUACUGGAGCUGCUGAAAGAAAUGGCUGCCCAGAAGGUGAAACCAAAUCUACAGACAUUUAAUACCAUUCUGAAAUGCCUCCGAAGAUUUUACUCAUUUGGAAGAUUGCCGGCCUUACAGACCUUUCGUGAAAUGAAAGCCAUCGGAAUAGAACCGUCACUUGCAACAUACCACUAUAUUAUUCAGCUGUUUUAUCAACAUGAAAACCCUUCAAAAGGAUCAUCCCUCAUAAUCUACGAUAUUAUGAAUGAAUUAAAAGGAAAGAAAUUUUCCCCGAAGGACCCAGAUGAUGAUAUGUUUUUUCAGUCAGCCAUGAGAGUUUGCUCAGUUCUCAGAGAUCUAGAACUUGCUUACCAAGUACAUGGCCUUUUAAACACCGGAGACAACUGGAAAUUCAUUGGACCAGAUCACCGGCGUAAUUUCUAUUAUUCCAGGUUCUUCAGUUUGCUUUGUCUAAUGGAACAAAUUGAUGUCACUUUGAAGUGGUAUAAGGACCUGAUACCUUCAGUAUUCUUUCCCCGUUCCCAAACGUUGAUAGAUCUUCUCCAAGCACUGGACGUGGCCAACCGGCUAGAAGUGAUUCCUCAGAUUUGGAAAGACAGUAAAGAAUAUGGCCACAGUUUUCGCAAUGCCCUGAAAGAAGAGAUUCUGAUGCUCAUGGCAAGGGAUCGGCACCCACCAGAGCUUCAGGUGGCGUUUGCUGACUGUGCUGCCGAUAUCAGAUCUACUUAUGAGAGCCAAGAUGCCAGACAGACUGCUCCUGAUUGGCCAGCCAACCCUCUGAACUAUAUAGCUGUCCUCUUUUUAAGGGGAGGGAGGACCCAGGAAGCCUGGAAAAUGUUGGGGCUUUUCAGGAAGCAUAAUAAGAUCCCUGGAAAUGAGUUGCUGGAUGAGUUUAUGGACAGUGCAAAAGCAUCCAACAACCCUGCCCAGGCCAUUGAGAUAGUGAAGCUGGCCAGUGCCUUCAGCUUGCCUGUCUGUGAAGGCCUCGCCCAGAGAGUGAUGGCUGACUUUGCAAUCAGCCAGGAACAAAAAGAAGCCCUGGGAGACCUAACUUCACUGACCAGUGACAGUGACAGUGACAUCGGUGAAGGCAAAUGAAAGUGGGCAAAUCCGCAGCUGUGACCUAGCAUAGCUGAACUGACCAUAUUGUAAAGAGAGUACGGAUGGUGAACUUUGAAUAACAAUCAAUACAACAUGGAUGGCCUGAUUUAAGUUCCUAAUUUGAUGCUUACUAUACCACCCAUUCAAGGUUUACUACCACUUAAACGAAAGCAUCACUACCAUUUUCGUUUCUUCGGACACAUUGUGAGGACACAGUUCCUGGUUUCAGCACAAGCUCUGUGUCCCUGCAGUGUUUGUCAGCCAGCUUGACACUGUUCUCCAGUGUGGUUCGCCCUCCCCGGAUGUGGACUUGGCCUCCGUUGGCUGAUGCUGUGAUGUUGGUGCUUCCUCAGUCUUAGAGGACGUGUCUGAAGGUGGUUUGCGUACCUAUUACCAUUGAUACUGGGUCAGUAUCCCAAUAUCAGGGAUACAAAGAGAUGCAAAAUCGUGCAUCUUCGAAACGAUUAAACAAUGGCAAAGGGCUGCACAAAUGGGGAGAUGAAGGCUGUAAAUAAACUCCAGUAAUGUAUUUGCAC